CGUAACUCUCGGUUAAGAAACGAUCGUAAGGAAAGUACAUCAUCUGUCUUUCAUCAAAUCUGAUAAAUUUUCUCUCGCUAAAAACUUAAUGAAGAAGGAAUUCACCGUCCCACCGGUGAUUUUUCCCUCCGGCGACACCACCUUCGUAAGCGGUGGCGGAACCCUCCACCACCGCCGUGUCCCGACGGCACCAUUUCAGCCACCGCGCCCCGCCAUGUCUUCCAUCCCCUCCUUCUUAUCCUUCGACAUCGGCCCCACCUCCUUCUCCGUCCCCGUCUCCGGCUCCGACGAGCCAUCCUUACUCGAAGAACUCGAAAUCGACGCAUCCCUAAUCUACCGCAAGAGCCUGUCUCUCCUUAACCCGUUCCGCCUCAACCCUGCCGUCCACGACUCGGCCGAUCUCUCCGGCUCCUUCCUCUACUACAUGUCCUUCUGUCUUUUCCAAAUGCUUGCUGGGAAGGUCCAAUUCGGCGUCGUAUUAGGCUGGAUUGUUGUGUUUUCCAUCUUCUUGUACGUUGUGUUCAACAUGCUUCAAGGCAAGAAUGGCAAUUUGGAUUUGUACAGGUCUUUGAGCCUGGUUGGUUACUCAUUGUUGCCUGUCGUGGUCUUUUCGGCCUUGUCGUUGUUCAUCCCUCAAGGCUUUGUGGUGGCGAAUUUCAUCCUCGCGGCUGUGUUUGUGAUGUGGUCGACUAGGGUUUGUUCGUGCCUUCUUCUCGAGGGUGCAUCGCGUGGCGACGAGCAUCACGGGCGCAGAGUGGAGGCGACUUACUGUAGCUCAAAAUUAUAUCUUUGUACUAUGGACGUAUCUCUAGAAAUCGAAAGAGCGGACAAACCACAUACCAUCUCUUGAAUUGUGUGAUGAAAGGAAACAAAAAUUAGCAGGUGAAUUGGUCGAUUCAUGCACACUCUAUUAUUUUCAGACGGAUUGAGUAGAGGUUGGUUGCUGGCUAGUCAUGGUGGAUGGUAGAAGAUGAAGGAUGAUGCGAGUGUAUGUCAGGAAUGGUGGUUUGCAUCUAUGGUGGGCAUUUCUACUAAUCUAUUUGCCUUGCUUUUUGAUUUGGACAUGUGCUUCGUGGCAGUAAAUUCCUGCCUUGUUCUGUUUGUAUCAAAAUAGGCAGGAAGGGCCUUGUCUUUAGCCCACUUUGUUUUGACACAGGUUCAAAGAGAUUUCAAGAUUUGUUUUGUUUGAGAAACCAAAUCAAAGCCAAGCCCCCAUUUCAUACAGGUACUUGUAUAUAUUUGUUCAUGUAUAUAUGUAUUUUGUUUUAUUGGCCAUGUGUAUAUAUGUAAUGUUGUAUAGUUACACGUUAAUUACUAUUUACCUUUUAUUUGUUGUGAUUUCGUUAUUAUUUUGUUCUAAUAUUUGUUUAUAGUUCAAAAUGAGGAAAAUAGAAGAAAGCCUCAAUUAUGCAAUUUUGUGAUUAAUACGCAAAUGAGUUAUCAAUAUUAUUAAAUUCUGUAUAUACUUUGGAGGUUAUGGAAUGCAACCACUUAAUUGGUCGUUUAUGAUUUGAAUGAUAUGAGAAAACAUGAAGUUGACAACAUGACAUUUAUGGCUGUUCAUAUAUACUGCUCAGCAGUCAUCGCUUGCUUGGUUAAUCUUUGACUUGUUACUCCUUAGAAAUAGAAAUAACUCUCACUCUAUGGGUGGUUGGGUGUCUAUGGCCCUAUAUAUGUAUGUGUAUGUAUGUAUAUUCCCUGUGUAGCUCUAGACUAGAUAUACAUCUCUUCAAUUUGUUUUUGAGUAUAAAUUGUGAUGGGUUUGCAGAUCAACUUGAUAUUAUAAUUUCGGUUAAGGUAGUGACAUAUUUUUGCUUACACUACAACAAAAUGCACCUUUGGCGACUAAAAAAAAUUUAGUCGCCAAAAGUUAUGGAAUUGGCGACCAACAUUUUUUUUUUGGUCGCCAAAAGUAUAAUAUUUAGCUACUAAUUUUUUU